AUGUCUGAACUGUCCGACAAACUAGACCCGCUCCAGUUCGCAUACAGGUCCAAGCGUGGCACGGAGGAUGCAAGCCUCAUGCUUUUAGACCGAAUCACCAAAUCCAGCCAAAUCGUCUUGAAGACAGGACUUCCCCAGGGCUGUGUGCUGUCCCCCAUCCUCUUCUCUGUCUACACCAACAACUUCUCCUGUCACAGAGAGGGAAUGUCCCUCCUAAAGUACGCAGAUGACAUGGCUCUGGUGGCACACCUCAAAGACGCACAGGCACUGGCACAAUACCAGCAGGAAGUCCACGCCUUGGUCUGUGGAUUUGAGCAGAGCUCACUGGAGCUCAAUAUCUCCAAAACCAAGGAGGUCUGCUGUGGCGCUGCAGGGAGGGGGGGCUCACUGGAUCUGUUCCAGCCCCUUCUCAUCCAUGGACAGGAGGUGGAGCAGGAUUCUAGAAGCAUAAAAGAAGAAAUGACUGUCAACGGGACUUACAGUGUUAUUGACACACAUCCCUGCUAUGUAUCAGAUAAUACAAGAUAUGUAUUUACAAGCAACCCCUCCAUUAUAUGCGUAUUAUUAUAUAUUUUUCUUGGCUUAUUGUCUUUUGCCACAGUAUGUGGAAACCUUCUUGUAAUAAUCUCUGUCAUUUAUUUCAAACAGCUCCACACUCCUACUAACUACCUUAUUCUCUCUCUGGCUGUGGCUGACUUGUUUGUUGGAGUUUUAGUUUGCCCAUUCAGCAUGGCAUUCACUGUAACCUUUUGUCAAUACAAUGCAGCUUUAUUUUGUAAAGUACGAGUAAGCAUUGAUGUUACACUGAGCACAACUUCAAUUUUGAACUUGUGCUGUAUUUCUAUUGAUAGAUAUUAUGCAAUAUGUCAGCCUCUCAUAUAUAAAACUAAAAUAAAUGAUCGUGUUACUGGGAUUAUGAUCUUGCUGAGCUGGGCAAUUGCUACUGUUGUUGGAAUCAGCAUCAUGGUAGUAAGUUUUUACCAAGGAAAAUGUGACAAAGGUUGUUUAAUUGAUGCUGUAUUAGCAACCGUUAUGUCAUGCGUUUUCUGCUUUUAUAUCCCAGUCAUUGUAAUGCUUACUAUCUACCUAAAAAUUUUCAUUGUUGCACGAAAACAGGCAUUUAGCAUCCAGAACACGACCUGUCAGAGCACGAAGUCUGGAGCAGUUGUCAGUAAGAUGGAGAGAAAGGCCACCAAGACUCUGGCUAUAGUUAUGGGAGCGUUUCUCUUAUGUUGGACUCCUUUCUUUUUUUCAGUGACAUUUCUUUCUUUUGUCAGGCUUCCAGUGCCACUCUCUGCGAUUGAAACACUUAACUGGAUAACACUGUCAAACUCGAUGCUCAAUCCAUUAAUUUAUGCUUUCUUUUACAGCUGGUUCAGGGCAGCUUUUAAAAUGAUCAUCUCAGGAAAAAUAUUUCAAGGGGAUAUUUCUAACUCAAAGCUCCUUUGA